CGCAAUUCCCCGUCGCUGGCACAAUCUCCGGGAUUCUUGGGCGCGGUAGCGAGGUUCUGGCAGAGGAGCUAUGCUUCCGACUAUGUAGGGUUGGCCGUGUUGGUUGCCGGGUAUCUGACGCUGGUGCUUGUUGUCGAGCCGUUCCAUCGCAUGUUCGCGCUGGAUAACAUGAACAUCCAAUUCCCGCAUGCGGAGGUGGAGCGCGUGUCUGUUGUCUGGCUGUUCAUCUACGCCGGCGCCGUCCCCCUCGCGAUCCUCGUCCUCUGGGCCGUCCUCCUCCGCCCCGGCACCCACAAAGCGCACGUCACCAUCCUCGGCUGGACCAUCUCCCUCCUCCUCACCCUCUUCAUCACCGACCUGAUCAAAAACACCGUCGGCCGCCCGCGCCCCGACCUCCUCGCCCGCUGCAAACCCGCAAAGGGAACACCCGACCACACCCUCGUAGACUUUACAGUGUGCACGGAACAAAACCACCACGUCUUGCACGAUGGAUGGCGCAGUUUCCCCUCGGGACACUCUAGCUUCGCUUUCUCGGGGCUCGGAUACCUAAGUCUCUGGAUUGCAGGACAGUGCCAUGUCUUCCGUCCCCGGACAGACUUGGCAAGAGUUCUAUUAGCGCUCGCGCCGCUCUUAGUCGCUGCUCUUAUCGCGAUAAGUCGCUGCGAGGACUACAGGCACGACGUUUAUGAUGUGACGGUGGGGAGUUUGCUGGGCUGGACAGUGGCGUAUGCGACAUAUAGGCGGUACUAUCCGCCGCUUAGGAGUCGGCGUUGCGAUGAACCGUAUCCAGGGCCGGGGGAGGAGAAGGGGUAUGGGAAGGUGAAGGAUGAGGAGAGAGGGUUUGAUGGGAAUGAGUUUGAGCUGGAUGAUCUGGAGGACGGGGAA